CCCUAUCGGCAAUACAAGCUACCAACAGUUUGAAUUUAACGUUGUUUGAGUCGGAACGUAACGUAUCCAUAGUUCGCAACAGGUAACGCUAUUUACUUUUAUUUGGAGGAAAGAUUUUCCUCUUUACGAAGUGACCGCUUUAAAAGUUAGAACAAAUAUGAACGAUACGAAAAGUGAAAAAAAGGAGAGAGACAGAGGUCAACAUAUCCAAGUAUUCGCACGUGUCAGACCUAUAAAUGAUUUGGAGAAGAACAAUAAGUCCAAGAAUAUAAUAGAAAUUCCAAAUGACAAAGAACUGAUAGUACAUGAACGUCUUCACGACAAGUUUUCAAAAAAGUUCAGAUUCGAUCAUGUAUUUGGGCCCUCAUCAAAACAGAUUGAGCUGUACAAUAUUGUUAUUAGCCCUUUGGUGGAACAUGUAUUGGCUGGAUAUAAUUGCACGGUAUUGGCAUAUGGUCAAACGGGUACUGGCAAGACAUUCACGAUGGAGGGAGACUCCGACUUUAGUAGUACAUUAAAUUGGCAAGCUGAUUCAUCUGCUGGUAUGAUACCACGUGCAAUCAGCCAUUUGUUUGACAAACUGCAAUUACUGAAAGCACAGGAGUACAAUAUCCGUGUCAGCUUUCUUGAACUCUACAACGAAGAGCUAUUUGAUCUUCUAUCACCUAAUGGUGAUAGCUCUAAGAUGAGAUUAUAUGAAGACGCAUCGAAGAAGGGUGCUAUAAUUAUACACGGUUUAGAGGAAAUCACAAUUCAAAAUAAGAACGAAGUUUACAGAAUUCUUGAGAAGGGAUCAGAAAAGAGGCAAACCACUGCUACGUUGAUGAAUGCUCAAUCUAGCCGUUCGCACACAGUAUUCUCGAUUACGGUUCACAUGAAGGAGAGCACAGCUGAAGGAGACGAUGUGUUAAAGACGGGAAAACUGAACUUGGUUGAUUUGGCAGGCAGUGAGAACGUCGGGAGAUCGGGUGCCGUCGACAGAAGGGCGAAGGAAGCUGGUAGUAUUAAUCAGUCCCUGUUAACUCUGGGUAGAGUUAUAACAGCUCUUGUGGAAAGAACACUUCAUAUUCCUUACAGAGAAUCAAAAUUAACGAGAUUGUUGCAAGAGUCGUUGGGUGGUCGGACGAAGACUUCCAUAAUUGCGACUAUAUCACCGGCGAGUGUUAACGUCGAUGAAACGAUAUCGACAUUGGACUACGCUCAUCGUGCGAAGAAUAUUAAGAACCGGCCGGAGAUAAAUCAGAAGCUGUCGAAGAAGGAGUUUUUGAAACAAUACACAGAGGAGAUAGAGAAAUUGCAGAGGGAUUUGUUGGCAACACGCGAGAGAACUGGUGUGUAUCUAGCUGACGAGAAUUACAGACAGUUGCAGUCACUGAUGUCACAACAAACCAAGGAAAUAGAGGCGAAGAUCAAUCACAUAAAAGCGCUUGAAAAAUCUAUGGCAGAUAAAGAGAGACUAUUCAAACAGCUGGAAUUGCAAAAUAUGGAGCAGACGAAAAAAUUGCACGAGGUCAAGAUGAAAUUGAAUAACGCCUCGGCUGCCUUAGACACAACGAACCAGCGGUUGAAGUUGAGUGCGCAGGAACGCGACGAGCAGAAGUAUCUCGUGGAGAAAUACGUGAACACGGAGCGGUCUUUGUUGAAUCAUGGGCAAACUUUGUUAAAUGUCGCGAACACAGCGACGGAGGACUCCUACAAAUUGCACGAUAAAAUUGCUCGGAAAAACGAAACGGAACGAGCGCUCGAGGCCCAAGGCGAAAGAUUCCGAAAUAACGUUUGCGAAUAUCUGCGAGGAAUUCAAAGUGAUGUAUUAGCAUAUACGGAAGAGUUGAAGGAGUCUUUUACAUCAAUGACGAGUGAACUCGAUAUGGAAACGUUUUUUAUCUAUGAGAACAUGCAACGAAUAGGUAAUCAAUUAUCCACGGUAUUAUCCGAAGAACACUUGCCUGAAACCAAUAAUCUAGUGAGCAACAUAAACGAAUCCGUACGUAUAAUUCAAACGUUUCUUUACAAUAGCGAACCACAUAAUAUUUCUCACUUUCCGUUAUACAUAAGAUACAUAGUGACUCAUCAAUAUUCGGAUACAUUUAGACAAUGUCCGUGGAUUUCAAUUAUUUCUUACUUAUUUCAGUACUCGCACCUUCAAAAUGAAGCACAAAUCAUAGCAACGAACCAAGUGACAACGAUGGAAUCUCAAAACAAAUUAAUAAGUAAGAAGUUUCUGGAAUUAGCCGCAAGUGUCGAAGAUAUGAUUAACAACGAUAUCUUAACAAACUUGAUGGCUAUGAGAAACUCAGUGUUUGAAAAAUUGAAAGAAACCUCCGAAACAAUUAACAAGCUCAUAGAUUCUUCAUGCGAGCAGCAGCUUAAAAUUUAUAAUGAAACGUGCGAAAAUGUUCUGAACGUUCAAGAAAACGUGAAGAUUAUUCGUGAAAUGCAGAAAUCGACUGAGAAGCAACAAUUGUUCUCGGAGAUGAUGGAAAACGCCUAUUCUCAGCUGAAUGAUUUGAAAAGAAGCGAGGAGAAGCACUGUACCAACGUACGUGAAAAGUGUGAUCGUCUUCACGAACUUUGUAAUGAGUUCAACGAUCAAACGGCGGAUAGUUACAAUGCGAACACAGAAAUGAGGAACGAAUUACGGGAGCAGGUACGAGAGGGUAUAGAACGGAUUGAGAACGAUGUUAUUGUCAGUACGAAACAGGUAAAUUAUUCACUUGUUGAGUCGCAAGUAAUGAUAGGUGAUGUGAGUAAUAACCAGGCAGCGUUCAUAAACGAUAAAAUAAUCGAGAUCUCCGAUACUACGAAAGCGACGUCCGAGAAAUUAGAAACUCGUAUGACGGAAUUUACCGCGCGGAACAAUAACGUUGUCGAAAAGUUGGAGCAACUGGAGAGCGACAUUUAUAAGUUCUUCACCCAAGAUAUGCAACGCGAAGUACCUACAGGAACAACCCCUUCGAAAAGAGAAUUCUCUUAUCCUCGCCAGUUCACAACUACGUCUCCGCAUGAACGAAUUCUUCAGAGAUUUCGGGAAACGAAGAAACUUGUCGAGCGACCGGAGUACGAUGAAGAUUCAUUCAUGGUUGGCGAUACACCAUUGAGGCAUCUUGCGAAUUCGACGGCUAUGUCUGAUAUUACGCUUACUACCUCCCCACCUGACAACACGACCCUUGUUACGAGCAACGAUUCAUCUAUAUACACUUCAACGAAUUCCACAAUAAUGAAUAUCACACGAACGUCGGAUAUUAGUAGAAUGUCCGUGAACUCGGACGCGGCUUCCGGUACAGGUAAAGAUUUCACGUAGAAUAGACAUUUUUGGGAAUUUGAAAGAUUUUGCGAAUUCUAAACGUUUACGACAUUUUUGGGUUUUCGCAUACCUCUAUUGUGUGAACGUAUAUUGUAGGCAUCUGCUCUGAAUUUAAUGAAUUUUUGUGUCGAACCACAUUAUAAACACUACUUUAAUACUAAGAUCAGUAGAAAGGAGAAUUGUGUACAUAAGUCAGUUGCUUUUAAAGUGACGAGGUCAUAUACGUGUAUGUAUUACUCAGUGAUGUAAUGUCUGAUUUAAUAAGACUAUAGAGAAUGUUGCUCGA